AUGGUUUCCUUUUCAUGCGAGGCUUGCGGAGACGUUCUUACGAAAAAAAAGCUAGACGCACAUCGCAACCAGUGCCACGGCGCAUCUUAUACCUGCCUCGAUUGUAUGGUUCAUUUCUCUGGAUUCGAAUACCGCGCACACACUAGCUGUAUUAGUGAGGCCCAAAAAUACCAAGGUGCACUAUACCGACCUGGAAAAGAGAAGAAGACUAGUCAGAACAAUCCGACAGCUCGAGGCUUUCUUAGUCUCUCUAACAACAACAUAGUACGACCUCAGAUGGAAGCUUUAUCUCAGACGCCGGCAGUCAAAAAAGAUGCCCCCUUCAAUGUCUUCGAUUUUCUCGAUCCAACGUCUACGACAAAUACCUCCAGGGUUGAGCUUUCACUUCCUGAACCAAUGCAGGUGAACGAAGACAUAUCAGAAAAACUAGAUAAGCCUACCACACGCGAAGCUAGCCAAAGUACAGUUCGUAUAGCACCGGAAACUCCAACCAACAAUCAGCUCGUCAGAGUGCCUUCUCUAAACAACCAGCAGAAUGAAACAACUUCAAAAGAACUGCGGGAAAGACGUAAAGAAAAAGACCGCUGUGAUGAGAAGAAAGACAAAAAAAGAAAGCGCAUCCAUGUUGAGACUCGUGACAUGGUGGUUCAUGACAAGGAUGAGACCAUGACCGACGCUCCUCCAAUCGUACAUUCCGGUUUAUCAAGCGGUCUAAAUCACUUAAUGUCGCAUCCUCCCGUCCUCCCACUGUCGCCGGACUACUCUGGUGGGGAUGCAGGUGAUACUCGACAUCCGUCACCUGGGAGCCCACUCAAAAAAUCAAAGCAAGUAAAGAAGCGGACUCAAUCGAUAUCUAUCAGUAAUGGACUUUUAGCUCUCAUGUCUAGCAAACCUCUACGUCCACGUGUUGACGAACGAUCUACGCGAAAGCCUAGAGAUCGAGAGAUAGCCUCUGAAAACCAACCAAAGAAUCUCCUCGAGUACACCUCAGUUGAUAAAACCGCCGUAGGGAAUAGUGAUAGUAACCGAAUGGUUGUUUAUCAACCUCCAGUUAAGCGCGUUGAACUGCUUUUGAGCUUUAUUGAUACUGAACCCGAUACGACCCGGGGCAUCAGUAUGAACAAGGCCUUGAAGAGAUAUCAUCGCGAUCGUCAGACCCGAGGAAUCGGGAAUGCCAAGGCUGCGGAUGAGAAGGAGCUUUGGAGAAGUCUACGCAUGAGGCGGAAUGACAGGGGAGAGAUAGUUUUAUUUACAUGA